AUGUCGACGGGGAUGGUGAAGGAGCAGAAUCUGGACAAACAGAUACACAAGCAAAUGGGGUGCAUGGCCGGGUUCCUUCAAAUCUUCGACCGCCACCAGAUUCUGAGCGGGAAGCGCCACUACUCCAACAAGCGCCUUCCUCCCUUGCCGGUCGCCGACACGGCGUCGGAAUCGGAGAGGUCGGCUCCGCCGUCGCCGGCGGUUUCGGAGAGGCCGAAGCAGUCUCCGGAUGCGGUCGACAAUUUGCCGCCUCAAUCUCCCAUUCGUCUCGAAAUGAGGGAAGUCACGAGGUCCCCGUGGAAGUUCGGUAAGGAAACCCCCAGGCUGUCGCUGGACAGCCGGGCCACCACGGACGCGAAGGGAGGCCUCCACCCCAGAGAAAUCCGCACCGGCGGUGGCGGCGGCCGGUGCGAGAGCAUCUCGAGCGACGCGACGGACGACAGCCAGAACUACCGUUCCCCCAGCGUCAUCGCCAGGCUGAUGGGGCUGGAGCCGCUGCAGGAUUCCUCCCUCUCCGAACCUGAAUCCAAGCCUCAGCUCCGGAGAUCCGCGUCCGAAUCCCGAGUCACGCGAGACCUCUUCCAAUCUCGAUUCACCUCCGAAAAGCCGAACCAAUCCCAAUCUCCCAUUUUCCCAAAAAUUGCUCAAGAUGGACCGCCGCCGGCGCCGGCGUCUGCGCGUUAUUCGGAUCCGAGGAGCUAUACUCUGAGAGGCGCUCACAACGGUAUCGAACCGCCUAAACGCUUCAAUUCCUCGUCCCCAUGGAAAUCUCCUCAGCUCCACCGCAGAGGCUUCUACGAUUCCGGAGACUUCUUCCCGGAGCCGAAAUUGGCGGCGCCCUCGGAAUACGUUGAGAUUGAGAGCAGAUUGAGAUUCAGGGGAAUCGACGAGCCGUCUCGGGAUUUAGAUACACUGAAACAGAUCCUCGAGGCAUUGCAGCUCAAGGGACUUCUGCACUCGAAAAAACCGCCGGAGCAUAAUCAGACCAGACACCGGAACUUCAUCUACGACGAGUCCCCAGUCGUCAUUGUGAGAACUCCGAGAUUGUCAAAUUCAUCUCCGAUUAACCGGAGACGGGGAAUCAACUGCUCGCCGCCAAGCGGCGUCAGAAACCAAAUCGGUUACAAUUCCCACUCGCCGGCGCAGAGUCCUCGCCGGAGCCCGAGCCGCCGGAGCCCAAGCCCAACUUCCACAGGCAGGAACGAAAUCAACACAAUUGGAAGAAAAUCGAACUCGCUCGUGAAGCCCAAACCUCUGAGCGUCGAAACCCAACGGAGGAAAAACGAGCCCGUUGAAAACCGGCGAGCCUCUCCGGUUCAGUCACCAAAGCUUAGCCCGAGAAGAACUGGGCUAGAUCCGGCAACGGGCAGUCACUCGCCUAGGAGAAAAAAAUCAACGGCCGAGAUUCAUCUGAAACAGAAGAAGACGACCGUUGUUUCUUUGGAAGACGAGUCCUCGUCCAUUUCUGGUAGCAGCAUCACUACAUCCACUGAUACAGAGAAGUCUAAGGCUGAGGACUACAAAGAAGGACGGCAUUUACUGGAGAGAUGUGAUAAGCUGCUUCACAGCAUAGCUGAAAUGACUGCAACUGAUAUGCAACCGAGCCCCGUCUCGGUUCUCGAUUCGUCCUUCUACAAGGACGAGUCUUCCACACCUUCCCCUGUCACGACCCGACGUAUUAUUGAUUUCAAAGAUCAAUCCAAUGAAGCUGAAGAUGAGAUCUGGACCCCUAAAGGAAUUACAUCCGACGGCUCGGAUUUCGCGUACGUUGCGGAUAUUCUGAGGGCUUCCCAUUAUUAUCUCCCGGAAGAGACAACCGACUUUUUUCUCCUGCUGGAAAAACAACAGUACUGCAAGGGCAAGGACUCGUCGAAAUCCUCCACGCUUCAGAGGAAGCUCAUUUUCGACACGAUUAACGAAAUUCUCGACCGGAAGAAGAAAUUGCCUCCAUGGAAAGCCACAAAGCCUUCUGUGACGAACGUGUGGUCAGAGCUCGAGAGAAUACGCGCUCGGGAGGAGGAUUGUGAGGGUCGUGAUUUGUUCGAGACGGUUUGUGGGGUGUUGAGGAAGGACAUGGCAUUGGCACGGGACGGUUUGGAUGGAUGGGAUGAAUGCCAUGUGGAGAUUUCAGAGUCCAUACUCGAUAUCGAACGGCUCGUGUUUAAAGAUUUGAUAACCGAGACCAUCCGGGAGCUGGCGAAAUCGAACGUGCUGCCUAGGAGAAAAUUGGUUUUUUGA